CUCCAAGCGUUCAAUCACUCUUCUAUGACUAAGAAACGCAAAAUUUCUGGCCUUAGCGGCAUUGAAUUGUUUCAGGCUCACGAAGCCUUGGUGAAACUUAAACAAUCUCUUGUCAUUACCGAAGAGGAUGAUGGGCAAGACUCGGAGCAAUCGGAAGAUUUUGCUCGUGGCUUGGAUGAGUUGAUUUUUGGGAUGGAGUCCAGGCUGAAUGGACCCCAGGCGUUCGGUUUUUCCACGGCAACUGAAGUUACGUUGGAGAAGUUGGGGAUCACCUUGGCUGGUAGUCUUAGACUAAAGCCCGACAAUGUACUGCGCGUCGAAAGCAGCAGACUCCUUGGGAAAGGGGAGUUCUGGUCUUCUGAACAUAUGCAUCGCCAUCUGGCGGUAUUAGGGAGGCUUGUUCCAAGAAGGAACGAGGCAGGUGCACGCAUAUGGAUCGAUGUCUUUCUCUUCCGUGCAUCUGCAAUGGUGCCAUCGGGCAAACGCAUGGUUAUCAACCCUGAGCACCCCAUCCCAGCCACUCGUAUCCACCCGUCCAGUUUAACGACUCUAUCUGGGUAUAUAGACUAUACAGCCAUCGUAGCAGCUGACAGCGUGGCGGAUGCUUACUAUCAUGUCCCUACCAUUGCAAUGGCCCGGCAACUCAAUACAGGUUUCUUUGUAGCCGAAGCCAAGACUGGCCCGAUCGACCAGCACAUUCCUCAGGUGGUGUGCGAGAUGUAUGCAAGUGGAAAACAACUCAAGAAAGAGACCCUCCGUGGGGCCCUAACCAAUGGACAUGAAUGGAUCUUUAUAAUCGUCCGUUUCAACAGCAAUGACUGCGGUGCUGCCUAUAAGUUCACUGUGCCCCUGGGGUCCCACGUUUCUCAACCUGCUGAAGAUCUGAAUCCGCAGACUGGGCCGGACAUUAUCGCUGGUGUUCUGUCAUAUUGGAUUCAGAAAAGCUAUGUAGAUCUUGAGGAUGAUGAUUGGGUUGAGGAAAUUGAGCCCAAUGAAUGAGCUGCCGACAUGUAAUUCUGCAGAUACUUUGUGGAUCCUGAACCGGCUUGUGGAGAAUCUCUAGAGGUCAAAAAUCAUCCUGGUGUAGAACCCUCUUUGUUACCUUGUUAUCAUUAUGUAAACUAGUUUAUUGCCGUUUUCAAAAUUCCUGGCAAACCCCGCAAUUCAAAAAUCGUGC